AUGACCAACGCCGAACCGCCACCGCCUCCCGCCUCGGGGCCCGAAAAUCAUCCCGAUGAAGCACCGUUGCUGAAAACCUUCACCCGCCUCAGCAAGCAAGUCUACGUUCAAGAGCCCGUUUCCUCUCCUCCCCCAGGCGCUCACGAAACCGAUCCAACAACCGUGAUCAUAUAUGGCUGGGGGGAUGCCGCGCCGAAACAUCUGUCCAAAUAUGUUACUGGCUACACGACGCUAUUUCCCUAUGUCCGCUUGGUCCUCAUCUUCUCUCCGAUCCUCAAGACGCUGUACCAGACCCUCGACUCUCGUUCAAAAACCAUGAUACCCGUGAUCGAGGCCCUCUACGGGCCCAUUUCCUCCCUUGGCUCCUCUGCCGUGCCCUCCAAGGCCGAGUCCAAAGAACGAAUCCUCCUGCAAGUCAUGUCCAACACUGGAGGGAUGAACCUGGCCGCCACCAUGUACGCUUUUACUAGAGCCCAGCCCACUGAACCAGCUCAGGUGUUCCCCUAUGACCUCAUGGUCCUUGAUUCAACACCAGGGAGCACCGCCUUCCUUCCCAACAUUGCUCCUUGGUCACGAGCCAUGGCAAUAGGAGCUUCGAGAGUCUUGCCUUUUCUCCCCUUUAUCGUCAUCCAGGCGAUGGCGGCGCUGUUCCUCGCAACGCUGCAUGGCGUUGGUCAGAUCAUGGGAGCUACUUCUGCAGCAGUGUUCUCUGUAGCCGCCGUAAACGAUCCAUCAUUGUCCGACAUCACCUCGAAACGGCUAUACCUCUACAGCAAAGAAGACGACAUCAUUCAUUGGGAGGAUAUUGAAAGGCACGCGGCAGAUGCAAAAAGCAAGGGAUGGGACGUGUCGGCCGAGACCUUUGAGGGCACCCCCCAUGUUGGCCACAUGAAAGCCCACCCGGACAAGUACUGGACUGCCAUCAGCGCAGCAUGGAAAGAUGCAGUCAAGAAACGAGACCAUCAGUGA